AUGGGAUAUCCUGACUCAACGGUUGCGAGAUGGAUCUCGCUUGAUGCACACACCUCUCUUAUUGUCUUCGUAUCACUUGUUGCUUUGAUAACGGUCGCCAUCGUCAGCUUAUUUGUGUAUAGAUGUCACGUGCUCAUUCCUCAACAUCAUUUUUUGAAAAUCAACGAAAAAGGUCAUAUCUACUUCAGCAUUGCACUUCUCUUUAUUUAUUAUUUCCCAGUUGGUGCGGGACUAGAGAAUAUUUCACCUGAUCAGGCAGAAGCAAGACAGUGGGUUUUAGAAAAGUAUUCAUGUGCUAAGUCCGUCAUUGAUGCUCCAAAUCUUCAAGUUUAUACUCCAUAUACUAUACGUCGACUUGUUGUAACAGCAGUAGUACUCGGUUCGCUCGCAGCAGCAGUUCUUUUGCAAGCAAUUUCGCUAUCGCAUCAUUUCCUGACCAAACCAAACAAGGUUGGACGACGACCUGUGGUGAAAGCUGAGCUCGCCGCGGCAGGGCUGCUUAGUUUGGGUAAAAGUCUUUUUGCCACUCCAGCAUAUUCACUGCCUCAGUACCCUGUACACUGGGCCCUACCGUCUCAGACGUUGGACGGUAUGGCGAGCGGUGAGAGGCGAUCAAAUCUCAGGUUGCUCACGAUGUCAUUGAUUCUGGACCAAUACGACACACGCACGACUUGCCAUGGAGACUGUAUCAGACUCUGUACUUACAACGCGAGAACAGUGUCCACAGACGCUGACCUGCAUGCCCUUCUCGGAGCUGCAGAGCGUAUCAAAUUUCACCUGAUUGCUCUGCAAACCAAGUGCAGAAGGAACGACCUACGAUUGAUGAAUGACGGUACACUCGUCAUUCGUGAAGAGAAAGUUUCGUCGCGAAAUGUAGGCGGUGUUGGUUUUUUUGUGCACCCAUCUGUCGUCCAUCUUGUCGAUUCUCACGAGAUCCUGCCACCUCGUCUGGCCAUUCUUCGCCUCCGCUCUCUGCGCCAGAAAUCCAUCAGUAUCAUCAACUGA